AUGCCCCUCCUGCCCCGACGCCUCGCCGUCGCCGUCGCCGUCGCGGCCCCCCUCCGCCGCCCCCUCUGCACGGCGGCCCCACGCCCUCCCUGGGCCAUGGUGAACAGCCAGGCGGCGCUGGACGCGUCAGGGGCGCCGUCGCAGAGCGCGCGCGCGCUCGUCGACCUCAACACCACCCCGUGCGUCUCCCACCUCUCCGUCCCCGCUCGCCUCGUCGCCCCCCACGGCGACGACAUGGGCUCCCUCGUGGGCAUCGUCCGCGGCGCCAGCAGCGACGGCCUUCUCCUCCUCGACUUCAUCGACGCCCGCCACCGCCCCUUGUGGCCACACGAAUUCGCCGCGGCCCGCGGCGGCGUGGAACCGGAGGGCAAGCUCUUCGUCUGCAACCCUCUCAGCGGCCAGCUGGUCCGCCUCCCGGCCCCGGGCAUGGAUGUCCCCAAAAUGGGAAGUACCUCUUUCGGCCUGCUCACCCAAUCUCAAGGCUCACACGGCCCGCCGGAUAGGUACGUGGUCGCUCAGCUCAGUAAAAUCAGCCGCGGGGGAGGGGAGUGGCGCAGGGUCGUUCGCCGGUUUCUGUCCGAGACAGGGGAGUGGGACGAGCGGCCGCUGGUCGGGGAGUUAGAGAUGGAUCCUGGGCGGAGCAUGAUGAUCAACCAUGAGGUGCUGGCGUUCGGCGACCGGCUAUGGUGGCUGGACGUGGCCUGGGGUGCCUGCUCCGUCGACCCCUUCAGCGACCGGCCGGAGCGCCGCUUCGCCGAGCUGCCGCGCUCCAGCGUGCAGCCUGUUUCUGAUUCCCCGACGCUGAGCAGGUACCGACGCAUGGGGGUCAGCGAGGGGAAGCUGCGCUACGUCCAAGUGUCCCAUGGACCGAAGCACGACAAGUGGUGCGUGAUCCUUUCGUUUUCGCUGGAUGACGAGACCUACAGCUGGGCGCUGGAUCACGGAGUUGAAAUUACAGAUCGGCACGACCCUUGCUAUGUUCAAAUUGCUGCCAUAGAUCCAUUCAAUGCCGACCUUGUGUACCUCCAACAUGGUAGCGCUGUUAUUGCCAUGGACCUGGCUAAGGGGAAGGAGAUUUGGAGGGGUUACCUGGCUAAGGAAUUCGUCUUUCAGAAGUUGCUCCACUGUAGUCUUCUUGUACCGUGCGUGCUCCCAACAUGGCUUGCCACAAGCAAUAUCCCUUCUGCAGGAACCCUUUCAAGCAACAAGGCCGAUUGCAAAAGGAAGACUUUGGCAGACAUGCUGGUUCGCGUAGACAAAUGCUAG